UUCAGUCCGCGAGACGGUCUCAAAGCCAACGGUCGCCCCAGUCGUUCCGUCGCAUCGCCGCAGUUCGAAACGUCACAAUUUCGAAUUACUUUAACGGUCAACCAAGUGCGAAUGAAAAUAUUUUCUAUAAAAAUGACGCACAAGGUAGCGCGUGUGCUUGGUGCUCAAUAAAAAAUAAAAUAAUAUUUAAAUCGAUAGUAAAUAUAGUUGCAUAGAUUAUUGUUAUCAUAUGCGCCACACGACAGGAGUGCAAUUGAAUUGUUUUCCACAGAGAGAAUCAAAGGCUUACGGCAAUUCGCAAUCGAAUAACUUUUAGUAUAUCUACAAAACAUUUUUGGAAAAACCAUCUUUUGGAUACAAUACGAACGAAUAUAACAACAACGACAAGAUGACUUGCGGCAUAUCGUGUGUCGACAAGACGCUAAACAAAUCGUUUUAUCAUCUGGGCAUUUGCAUAGCCAAACAUCCGGGCUAUUUUGUGAUCAUACCCGUGAUGAUAACGCUGCUCUGCAUGACGGGCUAUCAGCAAUUAAAGUACCAAAUCGAUCCCGAAUAUCUGUUUUCACCCAUUAACGGCGAGGGUAAGGCCGAGCGUGCGCUUGUUGAGCAAUAUUUUAAAGUGAAUUAUACGCACCGCUUCAAUGUGGGACGCAUUACGAGGCCUGGUCGCUUUGGUCGUGUCAUUGUAAUACCCAAAGAUGGCGACGAGAAUAUGCUGCGUCGCGAAAUCUUUAUGGAGCUGCGGCAAUUGGAUAAUCUCAUACAGAACGCGACGACCACAUAUGAUGGCGAUACAUUCAGCUACAAGGAUAACUGUGCACGCUGGGAGAAUGAGUGCUUCGAGAAUGAUAUCUUGAACUUGGAUGCCUUAAUGGAUGAUAUCGAAUCGGGUCAGCUAAAUCUGACAUUUCCGAUUAUGUUUAAUCCUGUGACAUGGGAUGCUCACGCCUUUCCCGUAUUCUUCGGUGGCACUAAACUAACAGAGGAUAAUUAUAUAAUAAGUGUGCCAGCUAUACAAUUAGUUUACUUUGUCACUGCCGAUACAAAGCGCCAAGAUGCCAAGGGCGCUGAAUGGGAGGAAACCUUCUUGAGGGUCGUGGGCAAAGCUGAAAAUUCGGGCAUGUUCAAACACAUAUCGGUAUCCUAUUUUGCUUCACGCACAUUGGACCAUGAGCUGGAGAAGAAUACCAAGACGGUAGUGCCCUAUUUUAGUUCCACCUUUCUGCUCAUGGGUUUGUUCAGCAUUAUAACCUGCAUGAUGGGCGAUGCGGUGCGCUCAAAGCCCUGGCUAGGCCUGAUGGGCAACAUCUCGGCUAUAAUGGCAACCCUGGCGGCCUUCGGCUUGGCUAUGUACUGCGGCAUCGAGUUCAUAGGCAUUAAUCUGGCGGCACCUUUUCUGAUGAUUGGCAUUGGCAUUGAUGACACCUUUGUGAUGUUGGCGGGCUGGCGACGCACUCCCGCCAAGAUGCCCGUGCAUGAGCGCAUGGGUCAUAUGAUGUCCGAGGCAGCUGUUUCCAUUACGAUAACAUCGGUUACAGACUUCAUUUCGUUUUUGAUCGGCAUCAUCAGUCCCUUCCGUUCGGUUAAGAUCUUUUGCACCUACUCCGUUUUUGCUGUCUGCUUCACCUUCAUGUGGCACAUCACCUUUUUUGCCGCCUGCAUGGCCAUUUCGGGCUAUAGGGAACGGAAGAAUCUGCAUGCCAUAUUUGGAUGCAAAGUGAAGCCCAUGUCGGUGGCCAUUAAAGAGAAACGAAACUUCCUCUACAAGGCGAUUAUGGCUGGCGGCAUUGAUCACAACGAUCCGGAUAAUCCCAUCGAUAACAAGGAUCACAUGUUGAUGGCCUUCUUCAAAGACAAGCUGGCAGCGGUAAUCAACAACAAAUGGUGCAAGAUAAUUAUCAUAUUGGCCUUUGCCACUUAUCUGGCUGGAGCUUGCUACGGUGUUACCCAGAUAAAGGAGGGCUUGGAACGUCGCAAAUUGUCACGCGAGGAUUCGUAUUCGGUGGAGUUUUUCGAUCGUGAGGAUGAUUAUUAUCGCGAAUUCCCCUACAGAAUGCAGGUUAUUAUUGCGGGUCCCUUGAACUACUCUGAUCCCCUUGUGCAGGAACAAAUGGAGAAUCUGACAAGCACUUUGGAGCACACCUCAUAUGUAACCUCUUCUUUGUACACCGAAUCUUGGUUGCGCUCAUUUCUUUCCUUCUUGGAUCGCAAUAACGAUUAUCUGAAUGAGACCAUUGAUGAUGAGGAAUCGUUUAUUGAUGCGGUCAAGGAGCACUGGCUAUUCCCCGGCAAUCCCUUCUCAUUGGACGUGCGCCUAAAUGAGGACGAGACACAGAUUAUCGCCUCGAGAUUCCUUAUACAGGCUGUCAAUAUUACGGAUACCAAUCAUGAGAAGGAAAUGGUGCGCGAUUUGCGACAAAUCUGCAAGGACUCGCCGCUAAACGCAUCCAUCUUCCAUCCCUACUUUGUGUUCUUCGAUCAAUUUGAACUGGUCCGACCCGUUUCACUGCAGGCCAUGGUCAUUGGCGCAAUCAUCAUGAUGAUCAUCUCGUUUAUAUUUAUACCCAACAUCCUCUGCUCAUUGUGGGUGGCCUUUUCGGUUAUAUCGAUUGAGCUGGGCGUUGCGGGCUAUAUGGCUUUGUGGGACGUCAAUCUGGACUCGAUAUCUAUGAUCAAUCUGAUCAUGUGCAUUGGCUUUUCGGUGGACUUUACCGCUCAUAUUUGUUAUACCUACAUGUCAUCCAAGAAACGCAGUCCCAAGGCGCGCGUCCGUGAGGCUCUCCACUCGCUUGGACUGCCCAUUGUGCAGGGUUCCAGCUCAACGAUUUUGGGCAUUAUAGCACUAUUGCUGGCACAGAGUUAUAUAUUUUUGGUGUUCUUCAAAAUGGUCUUUCUGGUCAUCUUCUUUGGCGCCAUGCACGGAUUGUUCCUAUUGCCGGUGCUGCUGUCGCUAUUCGGACCCGGCUCUUGGCUGACCUGGACGGGUCGUGACGAUGGCUCCGACGAGGAGGUGGACGGCAGUCUGGAUGAUAUGAAGCUGGGACAUGUGAUGGAGAAACCAUUUGCGCAGUCCUAUUACAUGCAGUAUCCCAGCAUGGGCAUAAAUGGACCCUAUGCCUAUGGCUCCAAGGCUUCCCUGGGUGCGCCCUACAAGGCCUAUGGAGGCGAUGAGAAGGAUCAGGGCUUGGGCACCUCAGGCGAGGACUCCUCCGAGAGCAGCUCCAGUCGCUCGCAGCGACGCCAGCAGCUGGCUUCCACUGCCGUUGCCGUACCAGAGGAAGAUCCUGUCCAGACGCGCGGCGCCCGCUACGAGAAGGGCUGGCGUCAUUCCAGCUACCAGAACAUAUAUGGCAAUGGCGGCGGCAUCGCACAGUUCCAGCCGCAGCCCGAUCUCUAUGGCCAGCAGGUGUCCGCCGCCGAGUGGCGUCAGCGUCUUGACGCGCACGAGCAGCAGCAUCAGCGGAACAAGCAAAAGCGCAAUCCCUACGAUAACUAUGAUGACCGGGAUAUGCAGCGCGCGCGUCGCAACUCCCACGGCGAUGUCAUCGAUCUGCAUACGCCCACGCCCACCUCAUCGCUGGACGAGCGCAUGCGGCGACAGUAUCAGCUGCAGCAGCAGGCGCUAAGCGCCGGCAGCGGCGACGACAGCAGCAGCUAUCGACAUCAGCCGGAGCUGAGUGCGCCACCGCUGGCCAGUAGCUCCGCAAAGCGCUACCAUCGCCGUCGCUCCUCGGAGGACUCGACGCGGUAUCAUCAGCGCUGGCCGGCGAACAUUGAGGAGCGUCGUGCGCGACGCGCCCAUUCGCCCAGUCAGCGACACUCGCAAUCGCAUUCCUAUACAGAGACUGCCGCCAUUGCCGCCAGCUUCGCCCAUCGCUCGUCCUCGCAUCACAAUCUCUUCCAGCCGAGCAGCAAGGCGAUGCACCAGCCGCCCACAUAUCAAUAUGGAGAUUACUAACAUUUUUGGUAAAUGCAGCGGGAAGUCACUUGAGAUUUAGCUUCCUAACUUUAAACAAAAAAAAAAUUUAAAAAAAAAAAACAAACGUAAUUAAGCAUAGUUUAAACAAUUUGCCUGGCGAUCCAUAAAUAAUUGCAUAUAUUUAUAUGAAGCUCAUUCGCUUUUUAUUUUCAACGAGUUUUCAGAACAAAUACUUCGUUUAUGUUAUGUGUUAUCUAGAAUUUCAAGAAAUUCUUUUAGCAUUAUAUCAGAAUUUCUUAAAAUUCGGCGUGCCCUUACAACUAAUUUAAUAAACGCCGCGAUCUGGCAACACUAAAUGUAUUUGUGGGUUGCAUUAAGUUGGCUGCGCCUGAAUAAGAGCUCGAAUUUAUAGUCAAUUUUCGUGUCUGCAGUGUUUGAAUUUAUGUGUUUGAACAGAUUUUGUGUACGCAUAGCAUAAACGCAGUUAACAAAUGUAAUGCCCCAUGUUUGGCUUGCCCUACCAAGAAAUUGUCCAGAUAUUAAUAUAACGUUGAUAUUAACAUCAAAAGAAAAAUACAAGUUGUAGGAAAAUAUUCAUACUUUCGCUAAUUCAUCCUCUUAUGAUAUACAGCAUUACAUAUUUUUUCAUUUAUGCAAGUUUGGUAUAUUUAUAUUCACUUGGGUUUCUCUUUCUUGUUCUACUGAUAGUGAAACAUUUUGCAUUUUAUUUAUGUUAGACCGAUUUCGACAAGCCUUAUAAACUAUGUAUAUACUAUAUAUCUAUACAAGCAUUUCAUGAAAAGCAACACAGUCACAUAACUUAAGUUCCCACAUUAUAUAAAUAUGUUACAUUUAGUUUUUAUUGCAACAUAUUUCAGUCAGAUUUAGGGUUCCAUUAUCAGAAUUGUAUUUAAAUUAAUUUAACUAGAGCCAAGUGUGAGACCAGAUUUGAUGAAAUAUUUGUAUAGAGCUGGUAACAAAUACUAAUAGCUAUAAAUAAACUGAAUAAAUAUAUUUAACUACUUACUGUAAGUGCUGCACACUCCCAUACUAAAUCGAGACUAGACCAAAAACUCGACACAUGUGAGGUCUUUAGCAUUUCUUAAGUAAUUUUUUUCUUGAAGGGACACACGUUUGUAAAGUGUUAACGAUUUUUGCUAUUGAAUAAACAUUUUAUAUU